AUGCCCGCCGCCGCCACGCCCGAGCUACUCGCGGCCGAACCGGGGGGGCCUAAACACCAUUGGAGUCUCGACGUGGCUUUCCCAGGUCAGUCCGUCCUCCACAGUUGUGUACGUUCCUGCGAGAAUGUACUCAGAAACUCGGUUGACGAUCCUCGACAGUGUAUGCGAUCGCGUUCAUCGAUGAUGAGACGAUCGUGUUGGCCGGCGGUGGCGGUUCGUCCAGGACGGGGGUCAAGAACAGGUUGGUCAGUUUCAUCCUCUAUAUUCGCAAGUUGUAACUCUCUAUCAAACCAUCAUCUCCCGGUCUAGGCUCCUCUCUCUACAUCACCUCUUUUGGAGCUCGCCUUGAUCUCGUUCCGAUGACGUGCAGUUAGUACUCUCCGCGCUGACUCCCUCUGCAAACAGAGCAUGCACAAGAUCGACCUCGAAAAACGUCAAUUCCACCUCAAGACCGAACACGACUUGUCCAAGACCGAAGACGCGCCGAUGACGAUCGUCGUUUUACCCGAGGUCCGUUCGGAGACAGAGAGAUGGGAAUCAGCGAAUAGCUGAUCGUAUUUGUGAUCAGACGAAAUCAUUGGUAGCGGGCAUCAAUUCGGAUGCGCAGACGCUCGCACGGGGGAAGAAUGAGAACCUCAGAGUUUUCACCUAUUCCGACAAAGAGUGACUUUACUCUCGUGUCCUCAACCCCCCCCCCCUCCACUCCCACAGCUGACCCUAAUCGUCACCCCAUAGGAUCAUUUACGAGAAACGAAAACAGAUCCUGCGCUCGACUUCAGAAGAUCAUUACCAAAAAGUGACCGCUUUCGCGAGGACCAAACCUUACCUCCACAUGAUCGCGUUGGGUUCAACGGACAGUCAAUUCUCCGUGUUGACCUUUCCGGAACUGCAAGAGGUUUUACCGACGAUCGAGUACGAUGGUGACGAGAUGUUCGAUGUCGAUUUUCAUGAUGAUGCUACGAUGGUCAGUUUUGGGGGGGUAAAUUCAGGAGCCUUUGGGGAACAGACUGAUUCAAUCCCCGCCCUUAUCUCGAACCCUUCGAUAGGUGCUCGGAGCCAGCGCCAACAAACUCUGCAUCUGGCCUACCCAAGUCCCCGAGGAUAAAUCCGAACCCCUUUCCGCUCUACAAGUGAUCGAACGCCCGAUCGUAGCCCCCCAUCUCUCGUGCACGUUCCGCGCCGCCAAAUUCGGUCGGAAACUCACCAAAGAUCAUAUCUACACGAUCGUCAAUUCGACCCCCAAAGUGAGGAGUCGUAAGCCGGGCAAGAAUGAUAAAAAGAGUUUUGUGAGCGUUUGGGACGCGAAAGAGUGGAAGUUGAAGAGGACGAGAACGGUUAGCAUGAAGCCGAUUACGGCGUUUGAUAUCAGGUUAGUUUCCAGCGUUAAGGACGAGUGAUCGAUAGCGCGGGCUAGAAAAAACUGAUGUGAUGAUGGGUGAGAUAGUUUGGACGGAACGAUGUUGGCGUACGGUUCUUCGGACCUAUCAGUAGGAGUCCUAGACGCUCAAACACUUAGACCGAUCGUCACCAUCCUUUCCGCGCACGGCUUUCCGGUCACUUCCUUACAAUUCUCCCCUUCCGGACACCUCGUCGUUUCAGGCUCAGCGGAUAAUUCGGUACGGAUCAUUCGUGUACCGCCGAGGGAUAAGAGGGGGACGGAAGGGAGGGGUUGGAAGAUGGGGUUCGUGUGGACGUUGGUGGUUUUGGCACUGGCGGUUUGGGUUCAGGGCGUUUGGGUCGGGCAGGGGGUGAGGGAGGAGGAGGGGAGGGGGAGGGGGGCGGCGGUGGGCAUGUAG